AGACAGGUAAAGUCGGGGAAAUUUAGAGAACCCACCCCCGCCCCCGAAGUUAACCCUUUAGGGCACACCCCACUGGGAGCGGCCUCCCUGCUCCUCUGGAGGCAAAUCCCUAGUCCGGGUUCUGACAACGUUAAUUUCUUUUGUGUGGGUCAUUUCUUCUUUUUGAAGAGCCAGAAUAAAGUUGACAGUCUUUAGCGAUGAAAGAAAUGAAGUGACAGCCCGGGUUAAUCCGAAUAAAUAUUAAUUUCUCUCAGAAAUGUUUAGGCAAUCUCAUCCUAGAUUUAAAAAAAGAAAAAAAGCCCCAAACAUCAGUUUGUAUUGCACAUUCUGCUGCAUCCCUUUUCUCACCCUCUUACCAGGUCUGGGAGGUGGGGGGUGGGUGCAGGGAAGCGCUACUGAUAAUACCAGCUUUAACUACUGGAGUUUCCCUUUGAACAAAUAUUCAAUUUAACCGGGGUUAAUUUACCAUAAAAGACAUUCCCGUUGGCACGAAUGCUCUCCUGUCCUUGAACACACCUCUUUGAAUGCCUGGACUCUCACAGAAGCCAUUAUUUCGGGGUCUCUUUAAAAAUCGAGCGCCCAUCUCUCUUUCUCUCCCUCCCUCUCUUCUUCCCUCCCUCCUCACCACGCCACCCCCAGUGAAAUCUUGGCACCCAGCAAGUGCUCCGUUUCAGCCAGAGAUCCCAGAACCAGCCGCUGUCCCCUGGCAGAAGGGGCCCAGUGCUGAGGCCUGGGCAAGUGUCUGUAGACUUCGCCAGCCCUCUUCCCUUCCUAGUUUCCCUUACCAACACAAAUCCUUUCCUUUUGCCACCCAGACUAGGUCGCCUCCAAAAGUUUCUCACGAGCUUAGAAAAGAAGAAAGAAAGACAACUCUUAACACAGAAGAGCCCACAAAAGCUACAGCAGCAUCAGGGGUGAUGAAGCAGCGACAGACCCAGUUUAAUUUCAAGAAGUGCUGGAGUGUCUGUUCUUCAAGUGACUGGAUUUUUCAAAACUCAGUUGUAUAUUUGAAAAACUCUUGCAUGUGACUAGAGGGGUGGCUCAACAAUUCCACACACCCUGGCUGCAUGGCCAAUAUCAAUAUUUUAAAACUAAAUACAAAAGAGACAGAUGACCUCCUGACCCCAGGAAACAGGCCUGCAAGACUGCAAGUAUCCACUACACCAUGCCCAGGGACCUUUUCUUCUUCCAAAUGAACCACAAAAAUCAUACAUGUGUAUCCUGGAAAACACAAUUUUAUAUCCACAAGCAAGAACAUCAAAAAUCCACUCAACAGCACAUGUAUAAACAACCAACAAGUACUGAAAUUGCCUGCACUUGAUGGGAAUUGCAAAAUCAUGCCCAGCUCUAUCAGCCCUUAAACUACUACUGUCAAAUUAGGGUAGCAAUUUUUCCCUACUACAAAAUCCACAACCGGUUAGCUUCCCCACCCCCCAUUGCCAGCGCUUUGCCUUUCACUGAAAUGAAUAAAUAACUGUGGACUUUUUUUCCAUCCUCCGGGAGCUGUUCGGUGUCCCCUGAGGACAAAACUAAAUGAGAAAAAUGACGCUGUUAAUAAUGUCACUGCUGAAAUGCCUGUACUGGACUGUUUUAAAAAAAAACACCGUCCCGCUAAGUGUGCCUACAUUUCGGGCACAUUUUCAAACCACCACUGAAUCUGUAUGUAGACUGGCCAGCAUUAAGUUUAGCUGGUUUUCACUUCUGUACAGAAAUGAGGCCAGUUCAUCAACAGAGAUUCCCAACUUCUGAAGACAUUGCUUUCUGGGAUUACAAAGUCAGCAGUUGCCCUGUAAUUUUUGCAUGAUUUAUUUUAAACUUUGAAAAUCACAGUAAUAAUUGUCUUGGUUCACUCACAAUACUUCAAAACUUACAGGCACUUUCACACACAAACUUCUUUGCUGAGCCUGUGAGAGUUGGAGCUAUUGUCAUUUUUCAAAAUAGCUGACACUUAAAGUAAAACUAUACCAUCCUUUUAUUUCUACGUGUAAGUUGGUUUUUGUUUCCUAUCUACAUGUACCUUUGUGACAUGAAAAAAAAAUUGGCUUUAAUGAGCUGUUUAGAAAGCUUUUAUGCAAAAUGGCUAAGUUGUCUUUAUAUUGUUCAUGAAGAAAUGUAGAAAGUGCACUGCAAACCAACGUAAACUUUCUGCAUCCCUUUCUGUAAUUCUUUUCUCGAAAACUGCCUUUCUGUUUCAAAACCAAAACAAUCAUAAUAUCACAACUGUUCGUUUUAACUUUCAAAAUAAAAUUUAGCCAACAAUUGCAUGAUUACAAUGAUAGAAAACAAACCGUUGGGCCGAUACAAAAUACAUAUUGAUAUUUUAAGUAAACUUUAUCUCUGAAAUACAUCUGAAAAAAUUUUACAACACACAGUAAGUUAAUAAGUUCCAAAGCAGUAAUAUUGUCAAAUUGUGUGAUGUCAUAAGCUCCAAAAGCAAAGUUACAGAUGUUCAUGACAUCACAUUCACUCAUAAUUAUGUUGCUGCUGUCUGACCAUCUUAAACGGAUGACUCUGUCUACUAAAGAAUAAAAAGAAUUUAUUUUGGACAUCAAA